AUGGUUAAAGAUAAAAUUUCAUUUUUUAUGGAAAAUUAUGUUAAAAGAAAGUUAAAAGUUUUUAUUAGAGGGGUAAAAACAAGCAAGGAUGACAAAGAAAUUUAUGAAGAAAUUUUGAGUUUGGGGUGGAAUGUUAAAAAUUCUGUUGAAAAAGAGAAUAAAAAAUUUUUGGAAGCAAUUUAUGAAAAUGGAAAUUUCUAUUUAUUAUUUAAUUUGGAGGAAGUAAAAAAUGAAGGAAAUGGGGGUGGAUAUAUGGAAGGAUUUCUGAUUGAAUUAAAAAAAUUAAUUAGAGAAUUUCAUCCGGAAUUAAGUGAAAGUUUUACUAAAUUUAUUUUUUUUAAUUUAAAACGAGGCUGA